CCGGCAGCCAGUCAGGCAGACCAGUAGCAAAGCCAGCACUGGCCCCCUCCUAGACUGGCGGUGGCAUGAAGAUGGGGGUGGGAGUGUGUAGCGGGAGAAGCACCUACCAGGACCCCUACCUGCCCACUACUUGGGCACCCCAAAGCUGUGUGCUGCCCACCUGGUGUUCCCCAACAUCUCCAGCUCUACCAAGUGCACCCCUCUGGCACCUGCUUCCCCUGCUGCCAGCGAUUUAGACCAACCAGGCUGUAUCCACGGCAACAGAAGCAGGAGUGUCACUGGCUGCCAGAUCACUGAGGGUCCCACAAUGUGGCCUGGAUUGUGGUUUAUCCUGGUUGAGACAGAGUGAGCGCCCUUCCUGAAUUCCAAGACAGUCCUGCUAAGAGAACCCAGGUGUAGUUCAGCAAGACAACUGAUGGAGUCCCCCAGGUCCCAUCAAAUAUUGGACUGGCCAACCCCCUAGGGUUGGGGGUAGCCCUUGCCCCUCAGUAUGGCCAACACCACCGGAGAGCCUGAGGAGGUGAGCGGCUCACUGUCUCUGCCAUCAGCAUCGGCUUAUGUGAAGCUGGUACUGCUGGGACUGAUCAUGUGUGUAAGCCUGGCAGGCAAUGCCAUCUUGUCCCUGCUGGUGCUCAAGGAGCGUGCCCUGCACAAGGCUCCUUACUACUUUCUGCUGGACCUGUGCCUAGCUGAUGGCAUACGCUCUGCCAUCUGCUUCCCCUUUGUACUGGCUUCUGUGCGCCAUGGCUCCUCAUGGACAUUCAGUGCACUCAGCUGUAAGAUUGUGGCCUUUAUGGCUGUGCUGUUUUGCUUCCAUGCGGCCUUCAUGCUGUUCUGCAUCAGCGUCACCCGCUACAUGGCCAUCGCCCACCACCGCUUCUAUGCCAAGCGCAUGACACUCUGGACAUGCGCAGCUGUCAUCUGCAUGGCCUGGACUUUGUCUGUGGCCAUGGCUUUCCCACCUGUCUUUGAUGUGGGCACCUACAAGUUUAUCCGAGAGGAAGACCAGUGCAUCUUUGAGCAUCGCUACUUCAAAGCAAAUGACACACUGGGCUUUAUGCUUAUGUUGGCUGUGCUCAUGGCAGCCACACAUGCUGUCUAUGGCAAGCUGCUACUCUUCGAGUAUCGUCACCGCAAGAUGAAGCCAGUGCAGAUGGUACCAGCCAUCAGCCAAAACUGGACAUUCCAUGGCCCUGGGGCUACCGGCCAGGCUGCUGCCAACUGGAUCGCUGGCUUUGGCCGUGGGCCCAUGCCACCAACUCUGCUGGGUAUCCGGCAGAAUGGGCAUGCAGCUAGCCGGCGGCUACUGGGCAUGGACGAGGUCAAGGGUGAAAAGCAGCUGGGCCGAAUGUUCUACGCGAUUACACUGCUCUUCCUGCUCCUCUGGUCACCAUACAUCGUGGCCUGCUACUGGCGAGUGUUUGUGAAAGCCUGCGCUGUGCCCCACCGCUACCUGGCCACUGCUGUUUGGAUGAGCUUCGCUCAGGCUGCUGUCAACCCAAUCGUCUGCUUCCUGCUUAACAAGGACCUCAAGAAGUGCCUGAGGACUCAUGCCCCUUGCUGGGGCACAGGAGCUGCCCCAGCUCCCAGGGAACCCUACUGUGUCAUGUGAAACAAGCCAGUAGGUGAUAAGCAGGGAGUAAGUUAGGAUCACCAUACUGGGGCCGACAGCAGGGGAAGAGUGGGACCCAUACAGAAGCCUUCUUUUUUGAACUUCAGCCCAGGCUCUCAAACCAUCCACAACUGAGGCAUUUUGCCAACACCUCCCUAGGGGUGGAAACUGGGUGAGGAACUGGGAAAGAGGCAUUUCUAGUUUUGUGGGGCUUGUCCUCCAGCCGCCUCCUCUUAAACAAUCUCAUUUUCCCAUGCCCUCCCUGCCUCCCUAUACCUCUCCCCUCUCCUAUCUUUCUAAAGUGAUGAUUCAGUAAAAGAAAACAAACUGAAAAUGCAGGGUUUUUAAUUAUAACAGCUGAGGCAACAGGCUUUCUUGCUUAAAUGCCCCCCCUUUGACAUUGUCAAUAAAUGGGAAAUUUCUCCUGUAAAAUAGAUUUCCAAUGAUCCUGCCCCCUCGGCUCCCAUUCACUCUCCCAUUCUGAGUCCCUUGCAAGACCUGGAUGUUUAGGAAAUCCUGACUUAAGGCUUCACACAAAAGGGACCAAAUGGGUGCUGCCCUCCUGGGGAGCAAAGAUGUUUAAAUUGCUAUGUUGUGUGCAAUGUUGUUUUUGGCUACCCUCUAUCCCAAGCCUGGUCUCCUGUCCUUCCCUACCAUGUCCAGACUUUGAAGGUGUUUCUUGAGGCUCUGUUUGAGAAGCCAAGAGCAUACAGACAGGGCCUCCAUGAUGUGCCCAGGUCAGAUGAAAAGCUGAACAAUAGAUGAGCAACUCAACCAAAAUAUACCAAACUUAGCUAUAUUCUCUCAAGCUUUCUCUUGGAUUCCCCAGCCUUUCUUCUUGGGAAUAUGCAUCCACUUGUCCCUACCAGGGAUGAUGUGGGUAUAUACUGACAGGGGACGUCAUCUAUGGAAG